AUGGCCACGCCAAAAGCAUCGCAUCACCCUACCGGCCCAGAUUCAGAUGCCACUGCAGAUGCUGUCGGUGACUUGGCAAUAGCCAAGAGUAGUGUUGGCUUCAUUGACGAAUCCAGGCUAACGUGCUACAGCUCAAUGUUGUCAAGUCUUGAGAAAGGCGACCUACCUCGCUCUCAAUGGGUCGCCCACGUACUUCACCGACUCGACGAGCAUUUCGGCAGCGUCGCAAUUCCUGCGAAAGAGACUGUUAAGCAGGUGGUGGAGCUUGGAGAGGAAGUGCCCAGGUUCAGGUCUAAACGCAAUUGGAAGCCUUUCCUGUUUCUACCUUGCAUCUUGAUGUCCUUUGCCACAGACUCCCCGGACACAGUGUGCCCCGUUGUUUGCGGAUUCAGUCCAGUACACUACGUGCCACUUUGGUACGGGACAUUUUGCUUGACGAUCAUCUUCUGCUGGUGGCGCGGUAGGAGCGUUGAUCACGACAGCUACUAUGCAAAGAGAGGUGGGGUAAAAGGCCACCGAGCCUCAGCGGUGGCUCUGUUUCUGGAUUGUUCUAGAGCCGGCUACUCAGAUCGACAUUUGAUCGUGCUUUUCGUUGUGUUCACUUUGUGUGCUGUCCACUCGGUGUUGGUGCGCUGGGCAUCACUUCUGGAAGAGGGCGGAAUCAACAAUGGCUGCAUCGGCUAUGGAGAUUGGUCCAGCUUGGCUGACGUCUGCCACCAGGGGCCGUUUUUGGAGCAAGGUUGGCCGGUCUUCCUCGUGAUUUACUUCAUGGUCUUCUUCGGGGCCCUCAUGGAUCAAGGAAUCAUUGGUGCAAAAGAGCCUUUUGGCUGCAAGCAAGGGUUGCGGAAGGCACGGGGGCGGAAGCUUGCAGCCCGGAAGCGUCAAGCAGUCUGGGAGAAGUUUGCUUGCCACCUUUUCACUGUUGACUCCAUCCAGAGCGCGUCGCCAGCUGAAGAAGUCAGGCGUGCCUUGUACCGCUUCGCGCAGCAGACCGUGCCCAUGCCUUUGCUUUCCGUUUGUGAGCUCAUCGAUAGCAAACUGAGCGAGGAGGAAGGAGUCUACGUUUGGCCUCAGAGCUCGAUUGGCUUCGUGUCGCUGCCAAGAGUGCUGCCGUCGGAAAUGGAGCUCGGGGAGCCCGAGGACCUUGCAGUUUCUUGGGUUCGGGGCUUAGGGUUCAGUGUUUCGUGGGCUUUCAUCCGCUGGCCGAUGUCAGCCAACAGGACAGCAGCACAUCUUAAAGCCCUGCAGCAAAGAGCACAUCUCAUGCAUGCAGACAUGAACCGAUCCGAGACAACUAGCACCCAGCAGCCCACAGCCAAAAUACAAGCCCACCAAGUCGCCCCGAAUCCAAGUCACCUUCCUCAACCCCUAAACCCUAAGGUAAAAGCCAGAAAGUUGGAAUUUGAUUAUCCUAACCCUUCUAUGGUAAAUUAUAGGGUAUCCUACCCUGAAACCAUAUUCCAACUUUCUGGAGUUCCCUUUAAACCCUGA